AUGAGGCCGUCCUCCAUCUGUAUCCUCCUAGCGGUGGCAGUCCUCCUCCACCACCACCUCCUCCCCGGGGUGGAGGCAUCGGUGGAGAAGGCCUGCAGGGACGCAGCGAAUAGCAGCCCCAAUAUCAAGUACGACUUCUGCGUGGCGGCGCUCCGCUCGUACCCGGGAAGCCGGUCGGCGGACAAGAAGGGGCUGGCGGUGAUAGCGGCUAGCUUGACGAAGGACAAAGCCACCAGCGUCAGCGCUAAGGUCAAGAGUUUGCUAGCCAAGGCGAGUGAUAAGAAGAAGAAGCAGUGCUUGGAGUCUUGCGAGAGCGUCUACGAGGACGUGCUCUCAGACCUCGACACGUCCAUCCCGGCCAUCAAGGAGGGUCGCCUGGGCGACGCUAAGACUUAUCUCAGCGCUGCUGUGGACGCGCCCAGCACCUGCGAGGAGGGUUUCGAGGAGCUGCAGGUCCCCUCGCCCUUGACCAAGGAGGACUCCGACUUGACGCAGAUCUGCAUUAUUGCUUUAGCCUUCACAAAUAUGCUUGGGUGA